AUGAUCUCAUGUAACAAAGUUGGCCUUAUGCUAGGUUUGGUGUUUUGUCUCCAGUUGGUGGGCAGAUCACUGCAACAGUUGUACACCGAGGAACAGUUCCUGGAAAAACAUAAUAACUACCGAAGGAAAGUCCGCGAGGGUAACGUACCGUUUCAACCAAUACCGAGGUGUCUCCGUAAUCUGGUUUGGAGCGACAAUCUACAGGCUGCCGCCAAAAACGUGGCUGAAAGCUGUGCCCAGAAACACGUUAUUCCAGUUGGACAAGGAGAAAAUUUGGCUGUCACAACAACAGCCCAAAUUGAUCCCAUUGAAAUGUGGUUCAAUGAACAACAGAAUUUCAAAUUUGGACCUAUAACGAAUGAGAACCUGGCAACCGCUGGACGUUAUACACAAAUGGUUUGGUCAAAAACAAAAGAAGUGGGCUGCUACCAAAAAUUAUGUUCCACCGUCACGGCAAUGGGAAAGACAUGGCAGAACGCUUACUACACUGUUUGCCGAUAUUCACCAUCAGGGAAUCUACUCGGAAGUACCCCUUAUACGCCAAUCAGUGAUGCGUUACAGCCCUCAACAGUUGCGACAACCCCA